AUGGCGAAGAGAAAACGUAAGAACAAACCUAGAAAAGAUCCCGCCGUCGUUAAUAAAGGCAAAAAAAGUACACUUAGCGAAAAUACACCAAACGAAAAUAUGCCGGACGAAAAUGCGCCUAAUGAAAGUACAUCUACCGGAAAUAUAUCCAAUGAAAACGAACCUCAAGAAAACGAACCCGAAGAAAAGAUGUCCGAAGAAAAGACGUCCGAAGAAAGCACAUCCAAUAAAAAGGACCUUGAUAUCCAGGAAUCUUUGGCGCUCAUCAACAAUAAAAUAAACGAAUUAGCCCUAAAGGAAUGUUCCAAAAAGCCACAACCCAAUGGGUUCUACAACAGAUGGAAGCUUACCCUUCAAUGGGGAUUUUGUGUCGCAGAAUUCUGUCUAGAGCGCGAUGGAUUGUUGGUGUGCAACAGUUGCAAAGCCGCUGCCUACUGCUGCAGGGACCAUCAAAUCAAAAGCUUUCACCUUCACAAGGGAUAUUGCUUCCCUGUAAGAGAUGCACUAAAGCGCCUGGCCGAGGAGGAAGAAAAGCUACGGGCACAUCCGGGCGAUGACCACUUGCCUGCCAACCCCUUUGAGACGAUCCGAGGUCGAUUCUCGUCAUAUGAAGCUACAUCUCCCUACUUAGAUCAGCGUUGCAGGGCCUUGAGUUCGUUAGUAAAUAUUCGCGACGGCAUAGCCGUCGAGGCCAUGUUGCACCAUUGUCUCGAGAUGUUGAGGCUGGACAAUCCGGACGAGCGAUGCGAGGGCUUCAAAUGGCCCAACUUUUCCGGUGAAUUUCUUAGCUACCACGACGAGGACGUAUUCGAGAGUCCUAACAUAUUUCUCGAUAACCCGAUCAUUCUAAGCAACCUUAUCUGCAUCACGCAGCUGAAACUCAAACUCUUUCUAGACGUUCGUAUGUUGGAGCGUGAAGCCAAGAAACACGGUAGCCCUGCCAGUUACGAGACAAAGAUGGAGUGGGUGUGUAAGUAUGCUGUGAGCGAUAUACUCUAUAGACGACGAGACAUUGUGGAGCGGGACGAUUGGAGUAGCCUCAGGAAAUCCCUAAGUGCACAGGUCACCCGGUUACGUGAGCGAGUUGACCAACGCAACUCACACUACUGGCCCGCCCUGGGGAACUGCGAGAAAUUUCUUGAUACCAUUCCCGAAUCCAAUUAUGAUCCGGGCUCACCGGAAGAGGUCGUCGUCUUAUUUUAUUUCACGUGGAGGUCGUGGUAUGAGUGCCCUCUUGCCCUGACUGCAGUCCGUGUAUUUUCUUCUUUAUGCCUCGACCAGUAGGCAAUACCGUGUCAAGAGCUACAACGUUAGUAAUUUGUCACACUACGAUGGGCUGUUGGAGACUACGGCGCGAGAAGGUUUCUUUUUCUAUCGUUGCUCCCUUUUGGGCAUUAUAGAGAGAGACAUAUAAACUGUAGAAGAGCAUGUAGGCUAUUAGCAAGGGAUACUACCUAGAUAAUGAUUAGAAAAAGAAAACGAGCGACUUGUCAGCGGUUGGAAAUGAGAGAAAAGCGGGAAAUGAAGCAGACUAAUAUUGCUAUAAGACUAGUUGGCGAUGAUAAAAGAUAGUUAGUUACAAUAGGUAGGUAUUAACAAAAAUAAUUUCCACCAGUCUCGCUGUUUCCCUUCCCACCAGGAACUGUACCAUACUUGUUGAACCCCUUGCUUCUCGUACUAUACCAUAAGGAGCCUCGGCAUUUUUACUAUUAUUAUCCAUGCGUUUAUACCUAUAUCAUAGAUACAAAUAUAUCCAUUCU